UCUCGUAGUAUUCACAUCUAACGUAAAAAAAAUCUAAAAUCACAAAAUGUCUGGUCGUGGAAAAGGAGGAAAAGUCAAGGGAAAGUCCAAGACUCGCUCGAACCGUGCUGGAUUACAAUUCCCCGUCGGUCGUAUUCAUCGUCUCUUGCGCAAAGGCAACUAUGCUGAACGUGUUGGUGCCGGAGCUCCCGUUUACAUGGCUGCCGUCAUGGAAUAUUUGGCUGCUGAAGUCUUGGAGUUGGCAGGAAACGCUGCACGUGACAACAAGAAGACCCGUAUCAUUCCCCGUCACUUGCAACUCGCCAUCCGCAACGACGAAGAAUUGAACAAAUUGCUCUCGGGCGUCACAAUUGCUCAAGGCGGUGUCUUGCCCAACAUCCAAGCUGUCUUGUUGCCCAAGAAAACCGAAAAAUCAUCAUCUUAAAUCGCUCAUCUAUCGAUCUCACAAAACAUAACGCAAAAACGGUCCUUU